UUCAUGUUUACAACUUUUAAAAUGAAGAAUCAAGUCUUGUUAUACAAUUAAUAAACAGUUGUUAAAAUUAAAUUACUUUUAUCGAUUAAAUUAAAAAAUAUUUAGAUAAAUGUUAUUUUUUUUAUAUAUUUUGUACGAAAACGCCAAACUAAUUCUAAUUAAAAAUUGUGUACAACAUAAUUCUUAACUAUUUAAAUGUGUGAUUACUAAUUAUUCACUCCACCGUCUAAUAAGAAAUAAACGUCUGUUUUCAUAUUUCAUUUACAUGAGUACUAUUUAAAAUGUUUAUCGUUGGCUUAACCGGAGGGUUAGCCACUGGAAAGAGUACGGUCCUUUCAAUAUUUCGGGACAAUGGAAUAGCUGUAAUAGACGCAGAUGAAGUAGCCAGAAAAGUUUUAGAACCAGGUACAAGCGCGUGGAAGGAAGUAAAAAGUUACUUUGGUGGAAAUGUGUUAUAUCCUGAUGGAAAAAUCAAUAGGUUAAAAUUAGGAGAAGUGAUCUUUGAUGAUAUAGAAAAGCGACGCAAACUAAAUGCCAUUACUCACCCAAGAAUUCAAAGAGCCAUGAUGAUGAUGGCAUUAAAAUAUUUCUUUUCUGCUCACAAAUAUAUAGUUAUGGAGGUUCCAUUACUCUUCGAAACUGGAAAAAUGUUGAACUAUAUGCACAAAAUUAUCACCGUAAUAUGUGAAGAUCAUCAACAAAUAGAACGACUGUGCAAACGCAAUGACUUCUCGGAAAAAGUUGCCAUAAAGAGAAUCAAUACUCAAAUGCCAUUGGAACAAAAAGUGGCCAAUUCACAUUUUGUGAUAAAUAACUCUGGUGAUAUUGAAAACACAAAAACUCAAACUCUAAGCAUAAUAAAAGUGUUAAGCCGAUCUAAGUUUACUUGGUAUUUCCGAGCAAUCUUUGGAAUAGCUGUGUUAUCCAUUAUGUUUGGAAUGACUCAUUUAGCUUGUAACUUAAUUUAUAAUAAAACUUCCAUUAUUUAGAAUAUAA